AUGUCUUAUCCAAAAAAAUGUGUCCCUGUACCACUCACAAAACACCCCCUCUCUCUAUGUCUCAUCCAAAAAAAAGUGUCCCUAUACCACUCACAAAACACCCCCUCUCACUAUGUCUCAUCCAAAAAAAAGCAUCCCUGUACCACUCACAAAACACCCCCUCACUGUGUCUCAUCCAAAAAAAGGUAUGUUGUUGGACUUCUACUUCAUGGUGUCCAGAUGGGUGUCCAGAUGAUACUCACACAUCCCCCUCUCUGGUCUGCUUAUCCAACUAAGAUGGUGAAGACCAAGCAGACAGCUAAGAAGACUGCUGGAGGUAGAGCUCCCAGGUCAAGCAAGGCCCAUGCUAGGAAGGCCCCUGUUGUCAAGAAAAGAAGGAUGAGGAACUUGGGAUGGAGGGACAUUGUGGCCUUGUGA